UGGCUAAAAUGCAUCGUGAUUGGCUGUUGCGUUUAUAUUCAAGUUGUCAAAUGUUAAACGACCGUUAAGAAAGCGAUUGUGUGCUAAACAUUGUCAGGGCAAUAUCAAAAAUCGCGUACACGGAAUUUCAACGAAACAAAAUCAUUUUAUUUAGUUUAGUAUUACAUUAUUAGUUUUGUGGUGUUGUAGUGUUAUAAAAUUUACAUUUAACGCGAGUUGAUGCUUGAAAGAAGCCGUGUUUUGUGUCGUUGAACAACAUGCAAUGUGAAUUGUAUAUUGUAUUAUAUUGUGUUUGAUUUGUGUAUGAAACAUUUCACAAUAUCACAUCGUGUUUGCAAUUGUUGCGUUUAAUAAAACUAUCAACAAGUUUGUGAUAAUAAUUGCGAAAAUAUCAUGAGAAUGUCAAGUCCACAAAGUAUCAAUAGCUCUGUUUCUGAAGAAACUGACGUGAUGCUUCGAGAGACCACUGCGUCCCUUCAUAAUUCGUCACUUGUGUUAUUUCCUCGUUUUAAGAGUUACGGCGACAACUCUGUAUCAAAAAGUGUGGAGCAUGAGGUGAAGAUUCGAUUCGCCUGCGAGUUCGUCGACGUUGGAUCGAUCAUCUACUCGACUCCGGAAAGUCUGUCCUCUGCAAGCAGUUUUCAGAGUCUCAGCAUUUUAAGCACAGAGUAUCUGUACAGAUUUCGUGUCUCGAAAUCCUAUUUAAAAGACCGGUUGUGGAGAGAGAUAUAUCUAAACAGCGACGAUUAUUAUAUUAUAUAUUAUUUAGAUAAUAUUCUUCAGAACACACAAGAAUUGAGUCAAAAUCGAACUUUCCAGCAAUUUGCUGCUAAACAGUUCGCCAAUGAUAUUUUUAAAUCUUCAUUGGAAUUCUCAGAAGAAAACGAGGCUUUCAUCAGCACGACAUUUGAAAUCUCCGAAGAUCUCACGAGCUUCAAUUUUUUACUAAAUUACGGUAAUUUGGAAAUUAUCAGUCGUCUAAGGACUGUAUUCCUGUAUAUAAAAUUGGUAGCGGAUACCAAUAUGUUACCGCAAGGAAAUACACCAUCGGCAAACGAAGAACAAAACGGGGAAAGUGAAAGCAUACCAGCGAAUAUUGAUACUCCUAAACGUAAUCCUGCCAUAGCAGCUAUAGAUAGGCUACUUUUUUAUAGUCCUGUUUCUACAAAUAUGACUCAGAAAACAGAUGAACUUCAAGAAAAAAUGGCAAACAAACCUACAGAAGAAUCGGAACCACACACACCAUUUAUCAUCGACGUUAAUAUGAGUAAGGAAUUAGAAUUAGUAAGAUCAACUGUAUUGCAUUUAGAAGAAAAAUUAGAAAAACAAAAGAAAGAAUACGAAGCCGAAUUAGAAAAGCAAAAGAAUGCUUUUCAAGAGAAAAUUAACAAAUUACAAGCACAAAUAGCGCAAGAGAUAAAAAGUAAAUCUCAAAUGACAGUCGUAGUCGAAGAAUAUGAAAAGUCGAUUAGUCGUCUGCUUACAGAGAGAGAAAGAGAUCGUACGAAUUUCGAACAAGAAAAAGCAAAACUCCAAGAGGAAUUGCAAGCUACAAAUGUUCAUUUAAGCAACACAGAAGCCGCUUUCAACGAUGUUCAUCAAAAGUAUGAAAGGCUUAAAGGAUUCGUAUCCGUAUAUAAAAGUAAUGAAACAGUACUGAAAGAAAGUAUUCAAGAGAAUAUGGAAACAAUAAAGGGUUUGGAAACGCGAUAUGAUCAACUGAAAAAUCAUGCGAAAACCGAACUUGAGAAAGCUAACUUUGAAUUGGAUGCUAUACGAAAACAGCAUGAAGAUGAAACGGUAAAACUUCAUGCGUUAGUAAGGAAAGCGGAACUAAAGAGUAACUCUUUGGCCGAAUUGGUAGAACAGAAAACUAAAGAAAAUAAGGAAUUAACGCAAAUAUUGGACGAAGUAAUUGCUAGGGUGGGUCAUCAAAAUGUGGAUUAAAAAGCGGAGAUAUACACAAGUAUCGCGGAUGCAACGCGAUUAGUCUUUAUUUUUUUACUCGGCUCUUAACGUUUUAGACACAACCAUGCGCUAGCAAUAAUGAUUGCUAGACAGAGUGUGGUCGAAAGUUAUAUAUAAGCAGACAAGAAAUGAUUCUUUACAAAUAAAAAGAAAAAUGUGCAAUAAAAUUUUUUUAUUUGAAGUUUCGUUUUCGAGAAACUUAAAUUUGAAAAUUUCUUAAGUACAUAUGAAUUGGUUAAUUAUUGACUGAAUACGAUUUUAUUAUUCUAAAUGGAAAAAUGUAGAAUACAUUUUUCUCGUUUAAGAAAAUGAAUAUUAUUUAGUUGACUUUGUUAUACUAUGAAUAUAUUUAGUUGAGAACUGACUUGACAUAUGCAUACCACGCGCGAAUAUUUGAUGUUCAAAUUUAAUUUCUUGACAAAUAAAAUGUAUGAAAUAAUAGUAA